AGAACGGUCGCGGUCAGCAAGCAAAAACCUGUACGCUAUGAGCGCCAACGGCGGGUCGGGCAACAACCACAGCACCAGCGGCAGCGUCGGCAACCAAUACAGCUUCACCAAUAGUACCCUCAGCCAGCACGGCAGCAAUCAACACCACGCCAGCAACAAUGGCCAGCCAACGUUGCGUGUCAGCCGCAGCAGCUCGCGUAAGAAGCCGUUCCACUUCAUAUCGAACAUGUGGAAGAUGAAGAAAAUCAUCAAGUUCGAGGAUAUCAUGUUCCAUCGCGAGAUGAACUGUCGCGCUCGCUCGGAACCGUCAGUGUCGACCUACAACUGCACCGGUAAGGGAUGCCAGCGGAAGUCGUCGCCCUCCUUUUCGAUGUUGAGCCUGUCCCCGGGGAAGUUUCAGAAGUCAACGGAUGAGCUGGAGGUGACUCGGCUGCGGUUAUCGCGCAACGACAACCCAUUCGUGCAGAAGGUCCUUGCCAGCCGGGACAACGUGACGGACGUGAUCGACGACACGGAGUCCGACGAUGCCAUCCUGAUAUUAAUGUCUGAUGAGUUUAACGGCGAAUCGGACACGGACCCUCUCGCGAUGCCACAGGUGCACGAGCACAUGAUACGAUCGCCACCGCCGACGUUCUGGCCACGUUCGCAAAAGACUGUGUUUAACUUUGGCGCCGAGGAGCGUAUGCGAACCGGAACGGACCACGUGGCGGGGGGUUCCAGUAUUCCAAAAGCAAAUCACUGCAACUAGUGAACCAGAUGCAAUUAGUGUACGAGAAAGGCGUACAACAAAAUGUUCUUAUUUUCAUCAACCGGUUGAUCAUCCAGUUAAGGAAGAGUUUAUUCAUCUUAAACGGUAAACU